AUGAAUAUGAUCUCCGAGAAGGCAUGGGACUCACAAAUGAGCACUCCUCAGCAGUAUACGAACACGUCUGGAAGGAAGUUCACGUUACCAACUUCACAAAAAGCAAUCGAGCGGAUCCUGACCGACCGAAGAAAAGUUAUCAAGGAGCUGUUCACGAAGAUAAAGGAUAUUCGAGCAGAAUGUCUACAACAAGAGCGGUACCGCCAAGAUGUCUCGAACAAGCGAAUCUGCGACUCCCUGAAGGAAAUCAAGGAAGAACUCGACCACAAAUUCAACAAGCGAGAAUCGCUACGCAGAAAAAUGGGCAGAGUUCAUGGAGCGCAGUCUGUCCAAGAAGUAAUCAACCACAAACCACCGGAUGAAGAAAAAGAGUCUAUAUUCGAAGAGAUCCAUCAUCUCGAGCAAGAACUGAAGGAAGUCCACAACAAGAUACGCGAACUUGCCGCUCUCCGAAGAUGUCGUCCUAGACAAUAUGAAGAAGGAAUCACACGUGAAGAAGAGACAACGAUGCGAUGCGCUUUCUGCUUUGCUGAAGGCAGGCACUAUUCCGAUUCCUGCCCCGAAGUCCGGACAGUGGAGGAGAGAUUGGAAUCACUGAGAAGAAGAAGACGCUGUACCAUCUGCCUGGACAUAGAAUGCGAUAUGGGCUAUUUCUGCCCGAAAUACAGCAAAAGAUGCCAUCACUGCCAUAAAGCCGGACACGCCUCCGCAGUAUGCACGUUACCAGAAGAGUCCUUGGAUAUUCUGGCUCGAAAACGCGAUUACGAGAUCACCGCCGAUCAGAUCCUGAGACGUCUGGAAGAACUGCGCAGAGCUCUCUGA